UUCACUCACUCACACUCACAGUUCUCGUCCGUUCUCGCCUCACUAAGACAACGUCCACUCCCGAGCUCCCCGUUCCAGUUCCAGACGCAGUUCCAAGCGAUUCGCUGCUCUUCCGCCAUGUCCGGUGUUAGCAAGGCCUGCUGCUCCAUCCCCCCGAUCGUUGCCAAAGGCUACCAGCCCAAGGGCGAAUACAAGACCAUCAAUGGCCUCAAGACAUACGUGACCGGCCCUUCAGAUGCCACUAAGGCCAUCCUCGUCGUCUACGACAUCUUUGGCUUCUUCCCUCAAACCCUUCAGGGCGCCGAUAUCCUCGCUACCUCGUCGAAACAGAAAUACCGCAUCUUCAUGCCCGACUUCUUUGAGGGCGAGCCCGCAGAUAUCACCUGGUUCCCGCCCUCCAACGAAGACCAGAAGAACAAGCUCGGCAACUUCUUCCAGACAAAGGCGGCGCCUCCCAAGACCCUCUCCAAGAUCCCCGGCGUCGUCUCGGAAGCAAACUCCUACGCCCCCUCUGGUGGCGCCUUCGAAUCAUGGAGCAUCCUGGGCUACUGCUGGGGCGGCAAGAUCACCGUUCUCUCGUCGGGUUCCGAGAACAAGACGUUCAAGGCCGCUGUGCAGUGUCACCCUGCCAUGCUGGACCCUAACGAUGCCAAGGGCGUGAACAUCCCCAUGGCGCUGUUGGCGUCUAAGGACGAAAAGCCCGACGACGUCAGCCAGUUCGGCGCGAACUUGAAGGUCGAUCACUAUGUCGAGACUUUCCCGACGCAGAUCCACGGCUGGAUGGCCGCCAGAAGUCAGUUGGAGGAUGAGCAGGUGCGGAAGGAGUAUGAGAGGGGAUACCAGACCGCGUUGGACUUUUUGGCAAAGCAUGCCUAGACGGUUGUGCUCAGUCUGGUAACAGAUGUAGUGCGUAGUCUACGUAGGCUAGUAAUUGAUCUACUGUCUAUCGAUCUGCGUU